CAUCACACUAUCACACUCUGAUAUAGCAGAAAGUACAUUCUUGAAGAUAGGCCUUUACUGACUCUGUGAUCAUGUCUUCUGGUCGCCAAACUCUAGCACAACAACUCAAAGAGCUGCACGAGAAAACGGUGCCCUCCGCUGAGAUCGACCCGGAAAAUGCGUACUCCUCCUUGUCCACCUUCCGCCCUAAUGGAGAAGACGAUUCUAUCGGCCGGAGUCAUUAUGCGGUCUCAGGAACUUCUCGCCUGCGAGACACCGCUGCGACAACAUUUGCUGAGCUAGACGAAAAGUACGCUGGGUCAUCUAGCAAGCCCAAGCGAGUCAAAAUCUUCGACGACGAUCCAAGCGAUGACGAUGAAGACACCGAGCCGAUAGCACCUGUCCGAGGAGAAUUCGAUUAUCUUGGUGAAUCUAGCGGAGGGGAAGAAAGUUUCGAGGAAGGGGAGUUGGACGAGGUGGAAGAAGAUGACAUGGAGUCAGAUUCUGCAGCAGAAGCGAUGUCAUCACGCAGUCCCACCUUGCUUGGCAAAUCCGUGGGACCGACCAGCAACGCUGUCCCGGCGAAGGCUCUGGAUCCUCUAGCAGCUCUAAAGAGCUCGAAGAUGAAGGACGUCGAGAAGGGUCAGGCCAUACAGAAGCAGCAGGUAAAAAAGGAGUUCCAUCUCGCACUACCUGGAUGACUCGCUAACAGACUUUGGCAUGUAGAAAACUUUCGACGAACUACUUACCGCUC